UUUGUGGGUAAUAUACAUGGCGGAAAUCUGAAUCUGCUCUUGGAGAUACACUUAUUGCUUUAUCUCUUUACAAGUCAAACGAGUUGGAUUAACUUACGAUUUCCCGUGUUGUGCAAGUUAUUAAACAUCAGCGAAUUUAAGAGAAUGGCUGAAACGGGCUUAGAACAAGCUGGUGACGUGAAACAUGACAGCUCCUCGUCUCCUGGGAUCUCAGAUCAAGAGAAAGAGAUGGCCAUCAGUGCUUUUCAGGCCUUUAAGGCUGAAAGCUACGAAUCGUCUCUGAAACAGCUUAACUGCCUUCAGGAGUUAAACAAGGAGGAUUACAAGAUUGCAAUGAAUAAAGCUGUGACUGAUUUCUAUAAAAGUGGCCAGACAACAACCAGCACACUGAAGCAUACGUUACUGACCUUGAAGAAUCAGAUGCACACAGCUGUGGAUGACAUUGAUGGUUUGGAUGACGUCGAGAACAGUAUCCUCUACUACAACCAAGCGGUGAUUCAUUACCACUUGCGACAGUAUUCAGAAGCUUUAUCCAUCGGGGAGAAGCUCUACCAGUUUCUCGAACCUUUUGAAGAAAAGUUUGCUCAGGCUGUUUGUUUCCUGUUGGUGGAUCUUUAUCUGCUCACCUUCCAACCUGAAAAAGCCCUGCAUCUGCUGGCCAUGCUGGAGAAAGUGACUGUUAAAGAAGGAAACAACAAGAAUGGAAAAGGAGAGAGCUCCAACAGCACGAAUAAAGAAUCUGCAGCUCAGAAAGCAGAGUUCACAGCUUUGAUCGAGGCAGCCAAGUCAAAGAUGCAUCAGUAUAAAGUGCGAGCAUAUAUUCAGAUGAAGUCACUGAAAGCCUGCAAACGAGAAAUCAAAUCUGUGAUGAACACAUCUGGAAAUUCUCCACCCUCUCUUUUCCUGAAGAGUAACUUUGAGUAUUUGAGGGGAAAUUAUCGUAAAGCUGUAAAACUCCUCAACAGCUCAAACAUUGCAGAGCAUCCAGGGCCCUUGAAGACAGGGGAAUGUGUGAGGUGUAUGUUCUGGAAUAAUCUAGGCUGUAUUCAUUUUGCCAUGGGGAAACACAACCUGGGUCUGUUUUACUUCAAGAAAGCUCUUCAGGAGAACGACAACACAUGUGCUCAGAUUGGGGACGGCAGUAAUGGACAAGGAGCUAAAAAGUUUAUCGGCAUCCCCAUGUGCGCUCUGUUAGCCAAUAAGCGCUAUGAGCUGCUGUAUAACUGUGGCAUUCAGUUGCUUCAUAUCGGCCGGCCGUUGGCAGCAUUUGAGUGUCUGAUGGAGGCGGUGCAGGUGUAUCACUCCAACCCUCGACUGUGGCUCAGACUGGCAGAGUGCUGCGUCACAGCCAAUAAAGGGAGCUCAGAGCAAGAAACAAAAGGCUUGCCUAGUAAAAAGGGGAUUGUCCAGGCUGUUGUUGGCCAGGGCUACCACCGCAAGAUUGUCUUAGCAUCACAGUCCACACAAAACGCCAUCUACAGUGAGGGUCAGUCAGCAGCAAUCCCAGUGGCCAGUAUGGAGUUUGCAGCGAUCUGUCUACGAAACGCUUUACUCCUGCUGCCAGAGCACCUACAGCACGACAGCAAAUCAGACAACGGCUCCAAGACCUGCAGCCAAUCAGUCAGCACAGAGAGCUGCGGGGAGACCAGCGACACCUGCAGCGGAAAAACCCAGGAGGGAGACAAGUUCAUUCCUGCCGCCCCCUCGUCCCCCUUGAGAAAGCAAGAGGUGGAGAACCUCAGGUGCUCGAUUCUGGCCUGCAGUGCGUAUGUGGCUCUUGCUCUUGGGGACAACUUAAUGGCUCUUAACCACGCUGAAAAGCUCCUGCAUCAGACAAAGCUGUCAGGAUCGCUCAAGUUCCUGGGUCACCUAUAUGCUGCUGAAGCGCUGAUCUCACUUGACAGAAUCUCAGAUGCCAUAGCACAUCUCAACCCAGAGAACGUGACCGAUGUGUCGUUAGGUGUGUCACUCAGCGAACAAGACCAAGGUUCUGAUAAAGCUGAUCUGGAUCCUGUUGAGUCCUCAGGGAAGCAGACUCCGUUAUGUUACCCCAGCUCGGUGAGCUCUGCACGGGCCACGAUGCUCUUUAACCUGGGCAGUGCGUAUUGCUUGAGAAGCGAGUAUGAAAAAGCCCGCAAGUGCCUCCAUCAGGCUGCCUCAAUGGUGAACACGAAGGAGAUUCCUCCAGAAGCCAUUCUACUGGGUGUUUACUUAGAACUGCAAAAUGGAAACACACAGCAAGCCCUACAGAUCAUCAAACGGAAUCAGCUCCUCCCAUCCGUCAAGCCUGAAUCCUCACCCGACCUCCGCAAGAAACCAGCUCCCUUCCACUCAUCCCAGCCCGUACAGCCCAUACAGACACCCGCCCCCUUCACGCAAGUACAGCGCAAGUGAUGCACCGGAACAGCCCCCCUCUCUAAAAACAUGCAGAAACAUAUAUAAGAUAUUAUUUAUGAGGCUCCAGCAACUCAACAGAUGGAUGGAUUGAAAAACGCAUGUGGACUGGUUGUCGGUUAAAGACUGUUUUGUGUUUUGGGGUCUAUGAAAUGAUAAAUAAAUUUUAUUUACACUUAGUGGUGUGACGUUUAUGAGCGGUGCCACAUAAGCAUCACAUAUGAAGACCAGGUCUCCUGAAAGGAGAAUGACAUCAUGUGACUAUAUGACAACAAAAUCAAUGGAUCAAAGGUUACUUUCUUAUUAGCAUAAAAUCAUGAACACUUGUUUGACAUAAGUCCUAACAGAAAAUAUUAAAUUGUAAAAGAAUUACAUUUUCUUUUUUAACGUGUAAACGUUUCUCUUUUACUGGUGCAAACAGAUUGAAAUAAAUGUGCACUGAUAA